CUAACUACAAGGAGCAGACGGAGGAGACGUGAAGUCUGAGGCUGAUAAACAUUAGAACUGGUGUGAAAUAUUUCACUGUGUUCUCCUGUAAACUGAGCGCAGAACGAGAAAUAAAUAGACCAGACCUUGAAUAUCCAUAAGAGCAGCGUGGCCUGAACCACAACUGAGCCGCAGCCGGCCCGGUGCAACAUGGACGAGGACACUUCAGAGCAAGUUGGACCCUCACACACAAAAGGUCAGGACCACAGACUGAGAGCAGAGUCUCCAGGGUCCAGCUGUGUGUCUCUGAAGAGUAACUGGUCCAAGGAUCGUCCUCCACUCUUCAGUAAAGAACCUGGACCCUCACACACAGAAGGUCAGGACCAAAGACUGAGAGCAGAGUCUCCAGGGUCCAGCUGUGUGUCUCUGAAGAGUAACUGGUCCAAGGAUCGUCCUCCACUCUUCAGUAAUGAACCUGGACCCUCACACACAGAGGAGAGGAAGAGGAGUCAAGCUUCUGAGGAGGAGCAGUCGUCCUGCUGUGCUUGGUGUCAGGACGUCCUGAAGGAUCCAGUCUCCACCAGCUGUGGACACUGGUUCUGCAGACAGUGCAUCACCUCAUACUGGGACCAGUCUGGUUCUUCAGGAGACUCCUCCUGUCCCCAGUGUGGAAAAAGAUCCAGGACAGAAGCUGGAGCUCAGACAGCCGGUCAGAGCAGCACUGUACAUGUGUCUGCUGAUGUCUUCACUUCUGACAACAGCACAUGUGGUUUUCUUUUGUUCCUUCAUACAGCAUCAACAUUUAACAUCGUUAGAAAAGCACAAAGUUAGAAAUUUAUUUUCUGUAGUUUUUCAGUAUCUGAUGAAAACAAUCAUCAGAU